AUGGGUGUUCAGGGCUUGACGACCUUCUUAAAGAACCACCAGAUGAUUUACCGGGAGGUCCAAUUCAGGAGGAGCCGGCUGGUGAUUGACGGCUGCAACCUGAAUUACCUGCUGUACUUCAGUUCAGGUCUGGAUGAGAAUCAUGGUGGGGAGUAUGCUGCCUAUAGGAACCUGAUUGAGAAUUUCAUCACAGCUCUCAGAACCUGUGAGAUCACUCCAUAUGUGGUUCUGGAUGGAGGUUCUGAUGUAACUGAUAAAAAGGUGGAAACAGUCGCAAAGAGGUCUGAAGAUCGGGUCCAGAGAGCACAUCAAGCAGCAGUCAGCGGAAAACAGAUGAGGAUUCUCCCUCGAAUGGCUGAGUUGGUCUUCAAACAGACGUUGGCCCGGCUGGAGGUUCCGGUGGCCCAAUGUUAUGAGGAAGCUGACCAAGAGAUAGCGGCCCUGGCCGCUGAAUGGCAGUGCCCGGUUCUUUCCAACGACAGUGACUUCUACAUCUUCAACCUACCAGCUGGUUUUCUGCCCAUCUCUGGUUUCCAGUGGAAGGAGGUGAAACAGAGCGGUUCUCAGAGCUACAUCUCCUGUAGGAGAUACUACACCUCCAGCUUCUGUGCCUCCUUUGGACUCCAGCACCAGCUCAUGCCGACCUUUGCCGCCUUGGCUGGUAACGACUAUGUGAAGCUGAGAGGGAUCAACUGGGUUCAGUUUGUCCCAGCAGGCAGGGAGACCUCCAGCCGCCUGGAGGGGCUGGUCUGCUGGCUGAAGAAGUUCCAGGACCCUCAGGAUGCCUUGGAGGCAGCACUGGUCCUGAUGGGAGAACUGAGCGAGAAGAAGAAGAAGGAGGUCCUGCAAACACUACAUCUGGGGAUGGAGGACUAUCAGCCAUGUCGGAGCUCUCUGAGCAGGUUCUUCCUUCAUGGAGCACCGCCUCAGUUCCCAGCACUGGAAGAGGAAGCUGACCUCAUUCCAAACUGGAUGUUGCUGCCUCUGACUCAAGCCCGGCUUUUUCCAUAUGUCCUGGAUGUGCUGCGGCUCCAGACGAUAGGUCUCGGUGGUGCCGUUGAGCCUCAAGAUUCACCCAGCACCAACCUGACCUCCAGUUUGCUCCGACAGGUUAUGUACGGGCUGCUGCUGGGCAGUAGGAAGUCCAUUCAAGUGGACGAAAUAGAUAGAGAGGGUCUCCUGGUGACAUCCAUCCCAGUCAAACCAAAGUCCACCAAUGUCGGCAAGAGUCUCGUACUUAACUCCCUGAACGAGGCGGCGCUCUCUGACCGUCUGAAGGUCUUACUAGAAGCUCUGGGAGGGACUGAGGAGUCUCUGAGGCUCCUGCCACCUCAGCUAAAACUCCCAGCAGCCGUCACCUGCUACUGGAUGCAACGAGCGCAGCCUCCUCCAGACCUCAGCCUGCUCGAGGCGCUGCUGCUGGGAAUGAGCAACGGGAACAUGCUGAGAUCCAGAACAGCUUUGCAGAAUAACGGCCAUAAACAGAAGGUGGACAUGCGUGUGGCUUAUGCCUUCAACCAGUGGCAGGCUUGUCUGAGGGACAGCAUCCGUCUGAACCAGCUGCUGCACUUCCCUCUGCCUGAACCAGACGUCGCAGGGUUAUAUCAGGGGACGCUGGUCCACCAGCUGGUCCACAUGAUUAGGACCGGUGGAGACCUGAAGACCUUCCUGAAGAGCGACAGGCGCAGUGUGGAGCUGUACCAAACCAUGCUCUCCAUGGUUCUCCAGUUCCAUGCUCAGCAGCUGUCGGUGCCCUCAAAGAACCAUCAGAAAGUGACGACCGAUCAGCAGCAGAAGCAGAGUCUGAAGGACCUGAGCACCGACCUGCAGCAGCUGUUCCUUGUGCACCAAGAUGAGGAGGCAGAAAAGGAAGCUCAGGCAGCGAUCACAGCACAGGAGGAGCUGCAACUGGAGGAGGAACUUCUGGUGAGAACACGGUACAGAACCAAGGAGAGGAGCAACAGGUGUAAGAAACCAGAACUGGCCCGUAAGGAGGAAUGUCGGGGCAGGGACCUCCUCUGA